ACCUUUACUAAACCCAAAAAUUUUAUAUUUGUUUCCUGGGCUCAAAUUUUCCCACAGAUCCAACUGUUUCUCCAUUCAAGUGAAAAGCAAAAUGGGUGGAGAAGCAAAAUCGAAGCUCAGCUUUAACAGGGAUUCUGCAGCAAUCUACACCAGGAAGCUCUUCUUCUACACCAAUUACACUCUAUUCAUGGCAGCAUUUGCCUCUGUAGUUGUAAUUCUUCUGAUAAAAGCAAGCCCAACUGGUUGGGGUUGGGUUUUGCUAACCAUAGAUGUGCUCACAGUUGUCUCUGGUAUAGCUGGCUGUGUUUCCUGCAGCCAACCAGGAUGCUAUACCUGUCACAUUGUCAUGACUGCAGUGACUGCAAUUUUACAGGGCAUUUUGUCUCUUGUACUGUUUACUAAGCCUGGAGGGUCUCUGCAACAUUUGAAGAAGCCAUCUUCUUCUGAUGAGGGAGCUGGUUUGGUGAAGCUGAAAGCAGGGCUUUCUCUUUUAAUCUUUUGUGUUCAGUGGAUUGCACUGGGACUCUCUUGUAUCAUACAUUACUGUAUGUUUAAUGAGUUUUAUUUGGAGGGUAAGAAGAGGAACAGAGCUAGGGUUGGGGAGGAGCCCUCAGAGGCACCGGCUCAUGUGGUUUGUGAUGUUAAGGCGGAGAAGACUGAAAAUCAGACUGGUAAUGAUGAUGAUGCUGCUAAGAAGAAGAAAGUUGAGGAUUCUCAGGAGUUUGUGAGUGUGGAUCUAAGUUGAGUUGGGAAAAAAACAGAAAUUUGUACUUAAGGGUAGUUUGUAUGGGAUUCUUUUAUUCUUUUAGGAAUAUCUAAGCUGUUUUCAAUGCGAAUUGAAUGAAUUGAUGUUGCUUCACGAAUGAAACUCUUCUGUUUCGUUCCCCUUCUUGCCCUGUCUUGUAGAAGUGCUUUAUGUACAAGUUUGCAGUUGUUUGUUUAUGACUGAGAAUGGAUGACAUUUUGGGAAUGACACAAGGAAGUUGAUUAA